UGGGCUGAAAGAAAAAUGCAAGGCUAGGCGCGCUUAUGAUUCUGUUAUUUGUCGACAGAGACUCGAUUUUUUUAGAUAGUUUCUCAUUCCUUGUCAAAUGCGGAAGCAAACUCGAAGCUAUAAGUCAAGUUUGUUCAUAGCAGUAGGAAUUUUCCUUAUAUGGCUCUCUUGCCCACUUUCUAAACAGAAUAUUAUGAAAGAAAAGUACUUUUCACCAAUCCUUGGAAACUUUUCAAAAAAUCUGGCUGAGUACUUCCAGCGCUGCAAUGCAUUGUACAUGGCUUCUUCUAAUGAGGAGAUUGUUGCGUUUUCAAACUGUCGUAAGCAUACAACUUUUCUUCGCAUUGGCACACAAAAAGGAGACAUUGCACUGGUAAAAUUGAAUAUCACAGACGACUUGAUGGUUCUAGCAAAUACUGAUGGCCCCCCUAUGCAUAUUUUGGACAAUGAAUGGAUAGAGACAGAAAGAAAAGUUUGUCGAAAUAACUAUUUACUAGGACUUACUUGGAUUCUACCCGUAGAUCCUUUUUAUUUCAACGGAAAUGUUGCACAUCUUCAUAUUUUUGGAGCAUUGCGUAUCUGGAGUACUCUGGAACAACUCAAGUCUAAAAACUUAUCUGUAAAGAGGAUCUUGUUCGUACGACGAUCAUCAAAAAAGAAAUGUUGCCCCAAUAGAAACCAGAUUCUACAAACUUUAGAUAGACUUCGGACUAUCUUUUCUCUGGAGAUCAUCUUGCAUGAAGAUACAGUUUGUUUGCGGGAAUUUCUAUUGAUUCCUCCAGGUCCUGGUUCUCACAACAUUCAAUGGGGAGCUAGUCUUAACACGACCUUGGAGAAAAAUACGGAAGAGUCGUUGUUGCUUCAGCGUUACUCUGAAUAUUUGAAAAAAGUUCUAUUGAAGAAUUAUGACUUUAGUCUUGAAAAUACCAAAAGAAGGCAACCCCAUGUUCUAUUUGUGAGGAGGACUGGAAGGAGACAACUUUUAAAUGUAGAACAGUUGGUUUCUUGGAGUCAGUCAAAGAAGGUGACGGCUUCCAUUGUCGAUUUCUCAAAAGGAACUUGGUUGGAUCACGCGAAAGUGGUCUUUCAUUCCAAUAUAUUUUUCUCAAGUCAUGGUGCAGAUCUGUAAGUCGAGUAUUUUCUUCGUUAAUAGAAUUUUAACCUC